GAUGGUGAGGGAUUUCCCUGCUGUUUACUGUAGGUUCAGCGCAGAUGAACUUCUGAGUUAAACUCCUCCCAAUUGUUAUUUAAGAAUCAAGUUCCUCCUUCUCAGCACUUGUCAGGUCGAUCUGAGUGUUAAUAGGGUCGUAAUUUCUCUAAGAAAUGAAUUUAGAGAGUGACUGCAACAUGUCAGUCAGUUGUGGCAAUGGAAAACUUAGGCAGUGGCUGAUCGAUCAGAUUGACAGCGGAAAAUACCCCGGAUUGGUGUGGGAGAGUGACGACAAAACCAUUUUCAGAAUACCCUGGAAGCACGCUGGCAAACAGGACUAUAAUCGGGACGAGGAUGCGGCGCUUUUCAAGGCUUGGGCGCUGUUUAAGGGCAAAUUCAGGGAAGGGAUCGAUAAACCGGACCCCCCGACGUGGAAAACGAGACUCCGGUGUGCGUUGAACAAAAGCAAUGACUUCGACGAACUGGUAGAGAGGAGUCAACUGGAUAUAUCUGACCCUUACAAAGUUUACAGAAUCAUCCCAGAAGGAGCCAAAAGGGGCGCCAAGCAGAUGAGCACAGAGGAGCCUACGAGCCACAUGGACCUGGGCUACCCCAUGCCGGUCCCCUACGCCAUGCAAACUCAGGUGCCAAAUUAUAUGGUGGGUCCCGAGCGACGGGAUUGGAGGAGCUACGUUCCAGAACAGCAUCACCACAGCGAUCUGCCCUACGGCCACUACCAACCACGCGCCCUCCCCUGGCAGGCCCCGCCCUGUGACAAUGGCUACCAGAUCACCGGAUCCUUUUACUCCUGCUCCCCAGCAGAUUCCCAAUCUCCCGCCUUUCCUCUGGAUCCUAGCCGAUCUGCAGAGACCUUGGCAUUCUCUGACCGCCAGCUGCACAUCUGCCUGUACUACCGAGCGACCCUGGUGAAGGAGGUGACCACUGUCAGCCCCCAGGGCUGCAUAAUCUCAUCCAGCCCCGAGGACAGGCAAUGCGGCGGUGUCGAGCAGGUGCUCUUCCCUUUUCCGUAUCCCCAGUCGCACUGCCGGGGCAUGGAGCGACUGUCCGUCACACUGGAGCGGGGCGUGCUGCUGUGGUUGGCUCCCGGCGGCUUGUAUGCCAAACGCCUCUGCCAGAAGCGCAUCUACUGGGAAGGGCCGUCGGCUCCGUUCGCUGACCAGCCCAGCAAGUUGGAGAAGGAGCAGACCUGCAAGCUCUUUGACACACAGAGAUUCCUGGCAGAGCUCCAGGGUUACGUCCAUCGCAGCCGCCACGUGCCCAGGUUCCGCGUCGUGCUGAGUUUCGGGGACGAAUACCCAGACCCACAGAAGCAGACGAAGAUGAUUACAGCUCAGAUGGAACCUGUAUUUGCCAAGCAGCUGCUCAGCUUCACGCAGUGCCGCCCUUAACACCCCAGGGUAUGAACUGCUGCAUCACGACCACGAAAGAGUCACACGCCACUCCGGCAUACAGGAGUGAGGCCCGUCGCCUGGGACCCAUGACAGCGACCUCAGAUGACCUACCUGGCAGACCGACGGCAGAGGCAGCCCAAGAGAAGAUGCACGAUGGGGCUCUGGUUUGUAUCAUACUUCUCGUCGCUCACGUGGACGCCUGGGAGCCAGUGGCUCGAGCCAGUCAAACUAAGAAAGCUUGGCCUCUUCUCCAGCCAUUUCUCCUCGAGUCACCGUCUCAGGGACAUGCUUGUUCCGCAUGAUGAACUUUUCUUUGAGGGUCUUGGAGCUGCCGGAGGCCUUCGAGAGACUCUGAGUGCGUCUUAAUUAUCUCUUGUUUCAUAGCUGGGAUGCAUCUUGGGGCGCUGUACUAACUGGGCCAGGUCUUCAGUCUCCGCCUGCCCCCGACGAGCACGGCCUCAGAUGUUUUCAAAUGGAUUCAUUAAAGCUUUUCUUAAAUGCUUUGGCA